CAGCACUUCCAUUCCUCUUUGGUACGGUCACACACUUUCUCUGUGAACUGAAAGAGACAAAAACCCAUUUCUCAAACCCUAAAUCUCUUUGGGUUUCUUUAGGUUCCUCCUCUUCAUCUACCUUAUCCUUGUUUUUGAGAAAAAUGGGAGCCGGGAGGAAGAAAAAGACUAACCCAAAGACGAACCCUUUACCGGAAAGAGUUGUGCGGCAUCCAAGUGUUAACUGCAGUGUAACAGCAAGGAAUUUGAGGACUGAUGAACUUGGAGGUGUCAUACUUGGCUGUACAAGAGAAACCAUGACGGAAUGUCUCACUAACAAGAUAUUCGGUUUACCAGCUUUCCAUAUCUCAUACAUAAGGAAGAUCAAACCUGGCUUGCCGCUAUUCUUGUUCAAUUACUCUGAUCGAAAAAUGCACGGAAUUUUUGAAGCUACAAGCAAUGGGGAAAUGAAUAUCAACCCGUGUGGAUGGAGUGAAGAUGGUCAAGAGCUUACUAAGUACCCUGCGCAGGUUCGCGUUUGUGUCAGAAUGCAAUGCAAGUCACUGCUGGAAGAACAGUACAAACCAAUACUCAUAGACAACUAUUACACUGAAGAUUUUUUUUGGUUUGAACUCGACCAUACUCAGACCCGUAAUUUGAUCUCGCUGUUUGAACCCUUGGUCAUAGCUAAGAAGCCGAAACGGGCUUCUAAACAUGAGAAGAAAGGUGGGAGAGUUUCAGAGGGCAGUAAGGUGACUCAAUUGAGUAAGCGGCAUAAGCCUAAUGUACCAUUCAAAUCUCAAGCUAAGGUUCAACAGUAUUCAUCAAACUGGCAUGUUCUUCUAGAUCUGAACUCCGACUCUAGUGAACCCGAAGAGGAAGGUCAAGGCUCUUCUAUUUCAGAGGAUGAAACUCCUUUGUACAUGGGAAUCAAUUUCGAAAUAGGUUCAUCAAGUGCAACUCCAUUUGAGGAAGAAAAUGAAGAGGAAGUCGUCCACCGUAAACUACUGCAGUUGGUGAAUCAAAGAGAGCAGGCAAAGAGUCACUCGUUUUGCCGAAGAAGCGUUUCAAGGUGGUUUAGUGCUGUACCUUUGUCAGGCUAUGUAGCUUUGGUGUUCAUAGCAUUGGCGUGCCUGAGACUUUACAGUGAAGUAUGAGGAUUAUAGAUAGACCGGGCUAGUUACUUAACUUAGCUAAAGGAAAGGUUAGUGAUUUUCUUUUUUAUUGCACUGAUUUGGCAGCUAAUUAUUGGAUUGAAGGAUUUCUUAACUAUGAAAAGUUUAUUUUAAUCAUUAUUGUAAGUAUAAAAUCACAUUAAUCAGUCUAAACCGCGUCUUUCCUGAUA